GGCAGAGUUACUCUGUUAUGCAUCUGCUAGUGGAAGGGGUCAAGCCAGCUAGGCUUGUGUCACCGCUUCUUACGUCUUUUUCAGAUUUUGAGGAAGAAGCAAAUAAGUUGUCUUUCUCUUCUUCUCUUUGGAGCAAAAAGUAAAAUGUGGUUGCAAAGAAUCCCGGCCUAGACGGGACUUGAUUGAAUCCCGUAAACCAAGCACUUCUUAAGCAAAACUGCACGCUUGCUCGGGAGCACGCAGAUGAGUUAUACCUUAACAGCUGAAACAGAAGGAACUACUGACUCACAGUCUGAAAAGUUAAGUGAAACUACCCUGCCAUUCACCGUAAAAAGCAGUUCUAUGCAGGCAAGCAAUGAUGGGCCUAAGGAAUCGGUACAGUACAGGACUGCAGAGAUUGCUGAUGCUAUGAUGGGUAGCAGCAUGCCUGCAGCUCAGUCUGUUGUCCUGUCAGUUGUUCCAGAUGAGGCAAAGGAGAGACAUGUCUUGGACUUUGGCACCUGUGAUGCAGAAACUGAUGGUGAAUGCAGUACGCGGGGUAUUGUUUCAUCUUUAUCUCAUCUUGGGUCUCCUACUCAAGAGCAAAUAAUAGAUCCACCUGUAGUUCUGGAAGCGGUGCAUCCUUCAUCAGGAGAGGACUCUAAUAGCACAGAUAGUAUGAAAACCCCAAAAGUGAAUUGUGAGGAAAGAAACAUUACAGGGAUGACAAACUUCACACUACAAAUCUUGAAUAUUUCCCAAGAUUUAAUGGAGUUCUUAAAUCCAAAUGACAGUGACUGUACCUUAGUCCUGUUUUAUACUCCUUGGUGUCGUUUCUCUGCCAGUCUAGCUCCUCAUUUUAAUUCUUUGCCCCGAGCUUUCCCAACUCUUCAUUUCUUGGCAUUGGAUGCCUCUCAGCACAGCAGUCUGUCUACCAGGUUUGGAACUGUGGCUGUUCCUAACAUCCUUCUUUUUCAAGGGGCUAAGCCCAUGGCAAGAUUUAACCAUACAGAUCGAACUCUGGAAACGCUAAAAGCUUUCAUUUUCAAUCAGACAGGAAUAGAGCCCAAGACUGAUGUGGUGGUUACUGAGGAAGAUCAAGCUGGUCCCCUGCCUAGCACAUUGACUAGAGGUGUAGAUUGGCUUCUCUUAUUUUCUUUACUGUUCCUUAUCAGCUUCAUCAUGUAUGCUACUGUUAGGACGGAGAGCAUCCGGUGGUUAAUACCUGGUCAAGAUCAGGAACACCAGGAAUGAUAUGUGAACUGAGAACUUUGUUUUCAGAACAAGCUAAACUGCAUUAAAUUGUAUGAUGGAUCGACUCUUUCUGAUUUCUUGUUAGUCUGGACCUGGCUUGUUCACACAUCACUCAGUAGAAAUUACUUAUGGUACAAAUAUGAACAGGUGAACCUAGAAUUUGUUAAUAAAGUGGUCAUAGGACAGUUUUCUAUGACCUGUUGUAGGUA